AUGACAGCGGACGUUCCGGACACCAAUCGAUCUCAGUGGACAUCUUUGUGCCAAUUGCAGCACUCGGACGACACCACCCGAUUUCCCUUCUCCACCUCUGUUUCGCACCUCACGCCGAUAAUCAACAAUGACCGCAUUCCUGAACAUCUACUGCCACCCUCCUCCGUCGCCUUAACAACCGCUAGGACAACCCCUGCAUUCACUGUCACUGCACGCAAUCUUAACAAACAGACAAACAUCAACCUCACGGCCGCCAACACCAGUAGUGUGGACUCGGUUCAUACCCGUCCUAAUUGCGAUCGCACCUCUACCUCCCAAAUCGGUCUGGUCGGUCAUUUGCGAAUCCAUCGCACAGAGACUGACGAACCAGUGCCCGGGGCGCCCACAUACAUUCGCCUAGUCCACCUUCACUGA